AUGAAUCCAAACGCAUCUCGUUUAAAAUUUUAACCUGUAAUAGCUCUCAAUAAAAGAACAUUUGACUUAGAUUUAUUUGAAUUGGAGAAAAUAAACUUCUAAAAUAAGAUGGAUAAAAAGAUAUCAUAAACAAAUGAUUCUUCUUUAGAAAUUCGAACUCCUACUUUUAAUAAGCGCAAAGUGAAAUUAGUUGGGAUUUAGUAAGGAGAUUCCAAAUUCGUAAAGCAAGUUUUCAGAUCAUUUCCAAAAAAGUAAAAUCGAAGUAAAACAAAUGAUAGAAAUGACUUAUCAUCAUUACAUAAUACAUAAUAGACGACAAAUUAAUGA